AUGGCGGAGCCAUAUAAUAUUCGGUGGGGGUUUAUGGCGACGGGAGGAAUUGCCAGAUCGUUCGCACGGGACAUGCUCAUCGACCCUUCCCUCCGCAACGCCUCCGACAUCUCCCACACAAUCGCCGCCGUCGCAUCCUCCACCUCGCGCGAGCGGGCGCAGCGAUUCAUCACCGACAACGCCAUCCCGCAACCAUGCACCGCCCACGGCUCCUAUGAGGCGCUCGUCAACGACCCAUACGUCGACAUCGUUUACAUCGCCACCCCGCACUCUCACCAUUUCCAGACGCCAUGCUGGCGCUGA